UGUCCUUUCUCAAGCUCUCCUCCGCGAAUUUCAUCCCAUCUGAAUCGUCUCUCUCUCUUCAGACUCAGAUUUUUAAUCUAUUUAUUUCUCUCUACGUAUUUUGUCUUUGUUUUCACCGGAACAAUAUCCGGCAGCUAUCCGAGACCUCACUCCUCGACUGUCUGGUUUCAUCGCCGUCGUUCUCUCAACGCCCUGAAAAAUUCCACGAGGAGUGCUAAGUCGAAGUGUCGCCGGAGUGGUAAUCGGUAUACCGAGAGAAGCCCUAAGAUUAUUGUCAACUUUCAUAUCUUCUUCUGCUCUAUUUAUAUCGUCGCACAUUGUCGAAAAAAUGGAAAGUAGCAGUCGAUUUGCAUGAGAAUAAUUUUCAGAUAAACAAGAUGAGCUACAACAGAAGUGUGAACGUUUCUCAUGAUGCUUUGGUUAUUAAACCCGAGCACCGCUCGAUGCUUCAGAACAACUCACCUAGAAGCCAUGGUUCCAAAGAAUAUGCUCUACCUCAAGAUUCAGAAGAAAAUAGAGGAUCAAUCGGUGGGCAAAGUAGCACAAGUGUGGUUGAUCAGGUCCGGACGCCACCUGAAGAUGCCGGUGUCACUUCUUCAUCCACCAUAUGCCCAGCCCCUAUUUGUAGGCAAUUCUGGAAAGCUGGAAACUACACUGAUGAACUGAGUUCAAAGUCUCAGCAGUCAACUGGAAAAAAUUAUCUUCAUGUGCACCCUAUGUUCCUUCACUCCAAUGCUACCUCACAUAAAUGGGCUUUUGGUGCUGUUGCAGAAAUGCUUGACAAUGCUGUUGAUGAGAUCCAAAAUGGGGGCACUUUUGUCAUUGUAGAUAAAACCACAAACCCAAGGGAUGGUACAACAGCAUUGCUAAUUCAAGAUGAUGGUGGUGGGAUGGAUCCUCAAGCAAUGCGGCAUUGCAUGGGUUUUGGAUUCUCAGAUAAGAAAUCGGAUUCAGCCAUUGGAAGAUAUGGAAAUGGUUUCAAGACCAGCACAAUGAGACUUGGGGCAGAUGUCAUUGUUUUCAGCCGCCAUUUUAAGAACCAAACAUGGACACAAAGUAUAGGGCUCCUUUCUUAUACAUACCUGACCCGUACUGGCCAUGACAGAAUAGUUGUUCCCAUUUUGGAUUACGAGUUUAAGGCAUCAACUAGCGAAUUUGUGACAUUGCAAGACCGAGAACAUUAUAUAUCCAGUCUCUCAAUUCUACUAGAAUGGUCUCCAUUUUCAACUGAGGCAGAACUUUUGCAACAGUUUGACAACGUUGGAUCACAUGGGACAAAGGUUAUCAUCUAUAAUAUGUGGCUCAACAGCGAUGCUAAGUUGGAAUUAGACUUUGACUCGGUUGCAGAGGAUAUUCUUCUUGAAGGAAACAUAGAAAAGACCAAAUGUAAGAUUGCGAAUGAUCAUAUUGCAAACCGGUUUUCUCACUCUCUUCGUGUUUACCUAUCCAUACUAUACUUGCGGAUUCCUGAGACUUUCAAGAUAGUGUUGCGUGGUAAGGUUGUCGAGCAUCAUAACAUUGCUGAUGAUCUCAAGUAUCCGCAGUACAUCUUGUAUAAGCCUCAAGUUGCUGGACAUGGAGGGGCUGAAGUUGUGACGACGAUUGGAUUUCUGAAAGAAGCUCCCAAAGUAAAUCUUAGUGGAUUCUGUGUUUAUCAUAAAAACCGUCUGAUAAUGCCAUUUUGGCAGGUCCUGAGCACGACAAACAGUAAAGGAAGAGGAAUUGUUGGUGCUCUAGAAGCUAAUUUUGUUGAGCCAACCCAUAACAAGCAGGAUUUUGAGAAAACUGUCCUUCUUCAGAAACUUGAAAACCGUUUAAAGGAAAUGACAAUAGAAUAUUGGGACUGCCAUUGUGUGUUGAUUGGGUAUACUAAGAAGCCUCGUCUUAAGGUAUCUCAAAAUGUUCAACCUGGCGGUAGGACAAAUGGCAACAUGUUCCACAAAAAUUCUGCUGGAGAUAGUGGCAGACAAGCAAUAAGUCCUCCUCCAGGCUUCCCAGCAGUUUUUCCUAAUCCAAAUUUGGCGCCUCUUCCUAGAAUUUCAGCCCAGCCAGUGGCAUUGGAGAAGAGGAAAGAACAUCCUGAUUUUGUUGCAAGUGCAGCGUCAAAAAGAAAGGUGGGAAGUGAUGGCUUUACUGUGGCGGGUCAGAAUCGGGUUGAACAGUUUAUUCAAGGAUCUGCAAUACGGUCACAAGAUAGUGAAACUGUCAAGCUGAUGGAAGAAAACAAGAAGCUCCGAGCAAAAUGGUUGGACCACAAGGUGCGAAGUCAAAACCUUGAACUCAAGGCCUUAAAUCUGAGGAGUGAGCUCGAUAAUGUUAAAACUGAAUAUGAAAGGUUAAUGGAAGAGCUACAAGCUUUAGGUUUGGUGAAAGAGGAGUGCAGAAGAAAUGUAAAUACGUAGAUAGUUUGCAAUUUUGCCUGAUCAUGAAUCAUGAAGUCCAUCCAUCUUCUACGUGGAAACUAAAAAUCCUUAGUUUAUCUCUCUGCUACGUAAAAGGAGCCUACGGUAGAAGACAACAAAAUGUGACAAAAAAAAACAGUAUUCAUGUUUAUUUUUAAAAAAAAACAUCCUUUUGUCUAAAAAAAGUUAUUCAAAUGAAAAAACACUGAAUUUUUUCACAGAAAUAACGUUAAAUUGUACCUAUAAAAGAUUAACAUUACUCUCAUUUGACAUUUAAUUGAAUCGAAAU